AUGGUGGCUAGUUUUCUUACAAAUUUAGCCAGGCAGCCAAAAAAUGCCUUAAAAAAAGAUGAGAAUGAGGAUGAGAUCAACCAUGGCUCUUCGAUUUGCAUACAGAUGUUGGCUCACAGUCAAAGAAUUAAACUGCGGAUGAUGGAGCACGCGUUAACAGCUUCCUUACUUAGUGACAAACAUGCUACUUCUCUUUAUGCUGUCUAA